AUGGGUAGUCAAUCCUCCAAGUCUGAUGAUCAAAAAGCAAAAACAGCUACUAGUGUUGGAAUUGGCGUUGGUCUCGUGAUAACCAGUGUCAUUUGUCCUCCUUUAGGAGCAGCAGCUACGUUUUCCACCCUUGGCACGGGAAUAGGAAUGAAAGUAGUUGGAAGUUUGGCAGAUGAGGAGGGUUUAGAAGAAGCAGGAGAUGUUUUUAUUUUAGGAGCAGAAAUAGGAGGAAUAGGAAACACAACAACCCGAGCUGUCCAAGGAUCACAUGCUCCAUGCGGUGGUUGUAAAAGUCUUCCCAAAAAAACAAACAGUCUUGGCAAGAAUGUUAUCAGAAAACUAAAGCUUCUCGGAAAGAACCUCGCUGUACUAAUUGUCAUUUGUUCACAAAAAAUCAGCGAAGAAAGAAAUAAAACCAAUGUAGCUAUAACAU